AUGCAGAAAGCCAGACUAAAGUUUUGCAGUUUCAAUUAAUGAAUCAGAAAAGACUGCACGUAUCCGACAUCUUUAGUCAUAGAUGUGUUAGUAUAGCCUGACUGGUAUAAGAUGUCACGCUUUUGUUAGCUACUCUGCGUCGUUACGCUUUUUUGAAUUUUGAAUUUUAUCAGGCAGAUUUUUCGACUACUAAUACAGAGGCUGUUUAUGUGUAUGUACUUUUUUUUAAAGCGACCAAGCAGUCGGAGGUGGCUAACUGUGGAUGAAAAACGUAAAGAUUUUGUGCAAAAGUCACUCUGCUUAUGCUGUUACUAUGGUAGUGGAGGUGGAAAGUUUCUUCGGGGUGUAUAUGCUGUACUGCAUCAAUCCAAAAUUUAAAGGCCGUAUCUACAUCGGCUUCACUGUGAACCCAGAGCGAAGGAUAGGACAGCACAAUGCUGGGAGGCACAGAGGAGGGGCCAAGAGGACCAGCGGGAGAGGACCGUGGGAGAUGGUCCUCAUUAUCCACGGCUUCCCAUCUGAUAUUGCUGCUCUCAGGUUUGAGUGGGCGUGGCAGCACCCUCAUUCCUCCAGGAGGCUUGUGCAUGUAUCUCGGCGCUCCAGAAAAGAAUCGAGCCUGGAAUUCCACUGGCGAGUCGUCUCCAACAUGCUGAGGGUUGCGCCAUGGAACAGACUGCCGCUAACAGCCCGCUGGCUCAAACAGGAGUACAGGAUGGACUUUGAGCCUGGCCUGCAGCCUCCCCUCCAUAUCCCCAUCGCUUUUGGCACCGUAAGAGCCAAAAAGACACCCUCGCUACAAUGUCAGGACGAGGAAGAGGAGGAGGCGUCCAUGUGUUUUCUCUGUGAGAAGCACAUCAAGGUGUCAGAGAAGCUGAGCUGUGUCCACCCUUCCUGUGGGAUGAGAGGUCAUGUAAUCUGCCUUGCCAGAUAUUUCCUGAGGUCUGAGCCAUCCCACCUUCUGCCAGUUGAGGGCGAGUGUCCUUCCUGCGACAGCUCGAUGCUGUGGGGAAGUCUCAUCCGACAUAAACACGGCUGCUUCGGAGACCUGGAGGAGGUCACGCUGUCUGCAGCCCAAAUCUUCCACAGAGUCACUGGGCAGACAAACUGCAGAUAUGAAGAAGGGGUAGCUGUAAAAAAAUGUGUUUACUUCUCACUGGACAUCACAUCACUGUCAGAAGAACUGGAGCACUGCGUGGAAAGGACCGUGCUUCCAACAUGAUCUGCAGGCGACUGUGUCAGUGGCCUGGCAUUAAUAUGGUGCUUUUCUAGCCUUACUGACUACUCAGAGCACUAGAAGCCACGUUUCACCAUAAGUUAUACAGCAAAUUCUUAUUCACAAUCUAUUUGAACCUCUAACUCAUGCAAUCAUAGGGCAAGAGGCAGGAUACACUCUUUUUUUUGUUGUCAUUAUUAGUGUUGAAUUAGGUGCGAGUGAUGUAGUGUUAGUGCUGUCUUCUCUUCGUUCCAGUCUGCUGGAGUCUGAGUUUGGGAGGAAAACCACACAGGGAGAAUAUGCAGAGUACACACAUGUAUUAAUUAAUAGUUACGUGGUAAUUCUAAGUGUGGAUAUGGGCGUGUGAAUGGUUGAAUCUCUGUGUUAGCCCUGUGAUGACAACAUAUCCAUGAUGUUCCUGCCUUUCCCUUACCCAGUGAUAACAGGAACUCCAGCCUAACUUUUGUCUUGUUUCUGUCACUUUCUCUUAAUUAUUUAAAAAGCAGAAUAAAAUCUUCUGUUUUUAUACAUGACUGGUAACUAAUUCUUCCAUUCUGUAUGUAUUAUUGUAAUAUUAUGCCUUAUAAUAUAAA